CAGCGAGUCGUGGAUACUGCGCAUGAUCUGAAUGGGGUGUUGCUGUUUGAAGUUAGCGGAGAAGCGUAAAGCCGCAGAAUCGUGGCUUCGGCGUUUGGGGCAAACUCAGCUCUCGUUCUCGGGCCAGUUAUUCCUGAAUUCUCGCGAGAUCGGCGGGCUGACCUGAGAGCCGGUAACUCCUAGGAGCCGCACCGGGCGCCCGGAGCUUCAGAGACUUGGCGUCGCGGCCUCGCCCGGGAGACCGUUUGGCGACGGCUAACGUCGCCUGGGAUCCCGGCAGACAUGGAUGAGGAUCUGGUAUUGGCACUACGGCUUCAGGAGGAGUGGAACUUGCAGGCGUCGGAGCGCGAACGGGCCCAGGCGCCCCUGUCGCUGGUGGACGCGUCCUGGGAGUUGGUGGACCCAACCCCGGAUUUGCAGGCCCUGUUUGUGCAGUUCAACGAUCGGUUCUUCUGGGGCCAGCUGGAGGCUGUCGAGGUGAAGUGGAGCAUGCGAAUGACCCUGUGUGCCGGUAUAUGCAGCUAUGAAGGGAGGGGUGGCAUGUGCUCCAUUCGCCUCAGUGAACCCCUUUUAAAGCUGAGACCAAGAAAGGACCUUGUAGAGACCCUCUUGCACGAAAUGAUCCACGCGUAUCUAUUCGUCACGAAUAACGACAAGGACCGGGAGGGGCACGGCCCAGAGUUCUGCAAACAUAUGCAUCGCAUCAAUCGCCUCACUGGAGCCAACAUAACGGUGUACCACACGUUCCACGAUGAGGUGGAUGAGUACCGGCGACACUGGUGGCGCUGUGACGGGCCGUGUCGGCACAGGAAGCCCUACUAUGGCUACGUCAAACGCGCCACCAACCGGGCGCCGUCCGCUCACGACUACUGGUGGGCCGAGCACCAGCAGACGUGUGGCGGCACCUACGUGAAGAUCAAGGAGCCAGAGAACUACGCCCGCAAAGGCAAGGGCAAGGCCAGACCAGGAAGGCAGCCGACAGCGGUGGGAAAGAAAGAUCAGCCCACCAGAGGUGAGACCCAACCGUUAAUCCCUUUCAGUGGGAAAGGGUACGUCCUGGGAGACACGAGCAAUUCACCCUCACCCGGGAGAUUUGUCGCUUCACACGCCGUCAGUAAAACCCAAGAUCUUUUCAGUCAAGACCAGUCGGCAAAGGCUCUGAGACCUAAUUCUAAAACUGAGGUGAAAUCAGAACAGAAUGGUCCGAGCAGAAAAACUUCUCUAGUCUCCCCUGUUCUUACUGCCGGUCACCAAAAUGUUGUAAGCAACUACUUUCCUAGAGUAUCAGCUGUCAACCAGAAAACCUUCAGAAGUGUGAGUGGAUCGCCAGCAAAAAGCGGGACAGUCGGUGACCUCCUCCAAACCCCCAUCCCUUCCGGUUCUCACAGAAGGGUCACCUCCUCUAAGAUAUCCCUGAGAAAUUCUUUAAAAGCCCCAGAAUCAACCUCUGUGACCGCACCCCCGGACGGGAGUGGGCCCGAAGAGAGAUCGCCCAGUAAACGGGCCAGGCUCGAAGACAGGUCUGUUCUUGACCAUUUUUUCAAGAAAGAGAAAGUACAAAGUGGCGCAAACGAUCCUGCGUGGAGUUCACGUUGUCCGGCCGCAGCUCAGAGCUCCAGCAGCCCAGCCGUCAGCUGUCCUGUCUGUCAGAAAGAAGUCCUGGAGUCUCAGAUUAACGAGCACUUGGACCGGUGCCUUGAAGGUGACAGCAUCAGUGUCAAACAUGGGCGAAGUCUCUGAAAACCAGGCGGGUGUCACACACCGCGUGGCUGUGUCACCUCACUAGCUUAAUGCCAGCCCCUCAGGAAGUUUGUAAGGUUUGUCGGUUAGGAUCUAGUUCUAUUUUAUAUAUACCCAUAUGAGAUUAUAACGAGAAGUAUUUUAUGCUCAAAGGUGCUGCGUUCACUCCUGUGUAUACUGUAGCCCCGGUUUUAUUCUGCACGUUUACUUGGGGAAUUUGUAGGUGUUCUUGCUGUUAAUCUUUUUAUUUGCAUACCUUCUUCAGAGUACUCCGUGAGGAAUCCUGCGAGGUAUUUGGCUACACUGAGUACUUCUGCAGUAAUAUGAAAACUCAGUCCCGGAACUGGUGUUCAUGUCGCAAUGUCAGUACGACCUGGAGUACAAAGCGUACUCGUUGUUUCAGGGUACUCAGAGGUCUGUUUUCAUUUUUGUUUUAAUCUUAACAGGAAAUAAAUUUUCUAUAUCUUAAAAAAUUUUAUUUUUGUCAUCACUAAAAGGCGGAUUUUAGGUUCAGGCCCAUAAGGACUACGGUAAAAUCAGCCUCUUGCAGACGUUCUCUAGUCACAAGGAGCAACUGCAUUUUGUAGGCCGGAGUUGAGCGGUUUCUCAAAAUGUAGCCGAGUGAGUAGAUCCGGGGCUACGUGGCUGCAGCAUGUGCCGUCCCAGAGCUACCUCGUUCACUGCACAUAGCACGUUACCUGCAAACGUUUUAUGAACCUUAAGCCAGAGCUGUAAGCACUAUAAUAAAAACGAAUACCGUCUGUGCCUUUUGAAAAGUAUAAUUCUUUUUAGAAACAUUCCUUUCCAUGUUCCGGCAAAGAGACUAAGGUACUUGGGUCUGUUGACCUUCUGUCUGGGGCUGCACCUCUGGCUCUGGUAUAUUCCCAAGAGCUUAGGUCACAAGCUUUUGCUUUUCUCAACUAUGUUGCAACAUGACCUGCGUGUUCCAGGGUGCCAGAUCCAGGCGUGCAGCCGCGCGAGCCUCCCCAGGGCGCCGCUGGGUAGCUGCCGCCCAGAUCCAGGCGGGGAGCAUCGCAGUUCCUGCAGGAGGCGUCCUCACGGGCGCAGCGCCCGGAGCCCAUACCCACCACCUCCGAAGCGGACGCUGUCUUCAUCUCCGUCACCACAGGUCCGGUGAGCUUGGUUUUGAACUUCAUAUGAAAGCACUGUCCUCCCUGCUGCUGCCGCUGCAUGUCUUAAGUUCACUGCUCUGCGGUGCUUUUACGGAUCAGCCAGCGUCGUUCCUCCAUCCCGAUGCCACAGGUGCGACAGUUCCGGCUCGUUCUGGCCUGUGCAGGGCUGGCUGGCUCUCAGGACACUGUGCCUCCUCGUUUCUGUCGGGCACGUACGGUCCCCAGGAUUGGAGCUGCACUGUGGAUGUACGUCUCGCUUUACGAAAUGCUGCCAGGGGACCCCCGGACCAGCAGUGUGUAAGCGUUUCAGGCGUCCGUCGGUCUGAACACUACUGCCCUUCCUUUUUAUUUUAGCUUGUCUGGUGAAGUGCUGACAAGCUUUGAAAUUUCUUAAGUGUGAAGUUAAAAAAUAGUAUUUAAUAAAUAUGUAUGGAUAAAGGA